AUGUCGCUCAUCUUCCGCCGAGCGCUCACGACUGGCGCGGGCCCGUCCAACUCGAUCCCGCUGGCCGUCAGGAGACGGCGGACCGAGCUCGCCGAGGCCGUCCAGAAGGCGUCCCCCCUGACGCAGCCCGAGAAGUUCACCGGCCCCGACGCCGAGCCGUUCCCGACGCGCAUGGAGGAGGAGUUCCAGGACCACCGUGCCGCGGGCAACUUUGCUGGCGAGGAGUCGGCGGCGCGUGCCAAGUUCCUCGAGGUGAACCAGCUGUGGCGCUCGCGUGUGCGUGGUGUGUCUGGUGCGGCGGCUCUCGAGGGCGGCGCGGCCACCCCGGAGAGCAAGUGGAGCUUCUUCGAGCGUGCGGGUGAGGGCCAGAUCCCGCUGAAGGAGGGCAUGCGUCAGGCUGUUGUCGGACAGAAGAUUUGGCUUCCCAACAUCCAGAUCCGCCUCGUGCGCAACUUCACCCCGCCCGGAGGCGUACGACCCCUGGAAGGCGACCUUCCGUAUCCCGACCGGUAUGACAAGACCGACCUCCGCUCGUACCUCCAGGCCGUCUACGGUCUCGACGUUACCUACAUCCGCACCGACGUUUACGUCGGCAACGUUACGCGAGGACGCUCUGGUGAGGUGAUGCGCGCGCUCCGCAGCGACAACAACUACAAGCGUGCCAUUGUCGGUCUCCGGGAGCCGUUCCACUACCCUGACGACGUCGAGGAGAUGCGCGCCGGCCAGUGGGGAACGCUCGCGGAGGGCGCCGCCCAGGCCGAGGAGCGUGAGGACCUUCUGAACAAGGAGUUCGCCGUCGAGCACGUCAAGUACUACCGCAAGCAGAUGUCGAUGAAGAUGAAGGGAUGGCGCUGGAGGCAGAACCAUGCCAACGCUGCGAUCGCUCGUGCGGCCGAGGGCCUCGCCAAGAAGGACGUUGCUCCCGCCGCCCCGGCGCCCGCCGAGUCCGCCGAGCCCACCGAGCCCGCGCAGCCGCAGGCGUCCCAGUAA